GUCUCUUAUCAGGUUUUAUCGGAUUUGUAUUUUCAGAGAUUUCUGAUGAUGUACAUUCUGAUCUGAUGGUUAUGUUUGAAUAGUUUGUUCAUAUACCUGCUAUCUACAAAGAAGCGGUCACCAAAAUUUAGCUUAUUCGAAAUGACAACUAGUAAUGGACCUUCAGAUGCCGUCGAGCUUAAGCGGGAAGUGGGGUUGUUCGGCGGUAUUUCCUUUAUUGUGGGGACUAUGAUUGGUUCCGGAAUCUUUGCAAGUCCCUCAGGAGCUUUAGCGGCUUCUGGAAGUGUAGCUCUUGACCUCAUUGUUUGGGGCCUCUGUGGUCUCCUGUGUUUAAUGGGUGCACUGUGCUACGCCGAAUUGGGAACAUUAAUAACAAAGUCCGGAGGAGAAUACCAAUACAUCAAGGCUGCCUUCGGACCCGUGGCUGCCUAUCUGUUCUCGUGGACAACAGUAGUGGUUUUGAAACCAUCUGCCUCUGCUGCAAUCAGUCUGACCUUUGCUGACUACGCUUUAAAGAUAUUCCCAGAUGAGUCGAACUCGUGUGAAGAAGAGAUGGUUCAGACAAAAAGGCUGAUCGCUAUAGCUGUCAUCUGGCUCAUUGGCUUCAUCCACAUCUAUAGUGUAAACCUAUCAAACAAGGUUCAAUCAGUUUGCAUGGUUGCCAAAAUCCUCGCCAUCAUCUUCAUUGUAAUUCUGGGUCUGAUUAAAAUAAUUAAAGGCAACACAGCUACAUUAGCAAGUGGAUUCGAAGGAAGCGAAACCAACGUGUUCCAUCUCUCUCUAGCUUUCUACCAGGGUCUCUUUUCUUAUGACGGUUGGAAUCAACUGAACUUUCUGACUGAGGAGCUGAAAAAUCCUCAGAGGAACCUCCCUCUAGCUAUCAUCCUCGGAAUCCCGCUAGUCAUGGUAUGCUAUCUGCUAAUGAAUGUCGCAUACUUUGGAGUCCUAACUAAAGAUCAAGUUCUAAACGAAUCGGCACUGGCAAUUGUGCUUGGAAAUGAGAUGUUGCCGAAAUAUAUAGUCUGGGUGAUCCCCCUUUCUGUAUGUUUCUCGACUCUCGGAUCCACUAAUGGCGAGAUGUUUGCGUGCGGAAGGAUUGCUUACUCCACUGCGAGAGAAGGUCACUUACCCAGGAUUCUGUCGUUCUGUCACGUCGAUUUUCAAACUCCAGUGUUAGGAGUUAUCGUCACUGUAUUUGUGAGCACACUCUACGUACUAGCAGGAGACUUCAAUGACCUAUUGGAGUACUUCAGCUUCGCCGCCUGGGUCUUCUACUUCAUCACUGUUCUUGGUCUGAUUGUGCUGCGCUUCAAGAUGCCCGACGAACACCGAGAAUUCAAAGUGCCCAUAUUCAUACCAGUCAUAUUCUGCGUAUGUGCGCUGUACCUCAUAAUCGCGCCUCUUAUUUCGGAGUUCAGCUACAAGUACAUAGGAGCAGUGCUCUUCAUAGUUUUUGGAUUGGUUUAUUAUAUUCCGUUUGUGCAUUUCGAACUGAAACUGCCGUUCUUGCACGGUGUGUUCAAAAAAAUACAGUAUUUGUUCAGUAUCGCGAUUUCAACUUAUCACGAGGACGAAGGAAAAGGUGAUCAAGUUGCAUUAGAAAAUGUUGCAGAAAAAGAAGCCUAAGUUUACCAAUGAUUUCAUGUCCGUAAUUAAACGAUGUUUCUAUUAAAGAUAGCCUCAAUCCUUUUUCCAAUUUGGUUAUAAGAUCUCAAAAAAGAGAUAAUCUCUAGGAUGGAGAAAUAAUGAUUGGAACUUUUGUUAUAUUUUUAUAUCGCGCAAUAAGUCUAUGUUUAUAACACCUACAAAAGUGCCUUUUAUUUGGUAAUUUUCAAUUGAUGAUGCUAAUUUUUGUAUGUCUUGUAUUUUGAAAUUUAGUACUGUAAGGUUGAUUUUGUGCCAAAGAGCCUUUUCAAAAUCAUGUUCCUCAAAAAUUGUCAUCAUGCAAUUCGUAUAUACCUCAAGUUAGCUAGCCGUUUCUGUGUUGUUUUACCUUUCUUCGUAUCAAUUUGGACCCAGUAUUUGUGUUUGAUGCUUUCUCGUGUAUAUAGUAAUCCCAGAUGUGAUUGUUUUUCUAUAGCUUCGUGAAUUACAACAGCGCUAUUCCGUUACCCUUAAACUGGAUUCAUACCUGUGAAUGCUUUUUAGUUGUAUUGAUAACGUUUACCGUGUCAAAUAUGAUUUCGCAGU